GUCGCGAAUUACAAUGACAACACGACUCUCCCCCACCCUCUCCAUUUCCCUGUGAAGUCUGAAGAACGGCGGGCACGGAGGAAUGGGAAUCCCAUCGGAAAUGAGGGACGUGUGGGUGAAUAAAAGAAACGGAUUCUUGAUUGCUUCUCCAGUUGAAGAGCAGAAGAUCUUGAACGCCAGAAAUUGCACAAAUGAAGGUGUUCGUGCCGGAUUCAAGGCAGCUUCCAUUGCAUGUGUUGCCAGUGCUGUGCCUACGUUGGUUGCCGUUCGUGUGAUUCCUUGGGCAAAGACAAACCUCAAUUAUACUGCUCAGGCACUCAUUAUAUCUGCUGCAUCAAUUGCUGCAUACUUCAUCACUGCUGAUAAAACGAUUUUAGAGUGUGCGAGAAGAAAUUCCCGGCUUGAAGAUGCCUUGAGACACCAGAGAUGAUGCUGUGCAGUUGAAGUUAUUGUGUAUGUCCAUAACCAGUAAACCUAAUGUCCAUAUUGCACGUUGUGCUGCAGCUUGGUAAGAUGUGCCCCUUUUGUUUUGUUUUGUUUUUGUUUUUCUUAAUUUGCUGAGCGUGAUGGUUAAUAGUUACUACAUUUCAGUAGUUGUUCAUGACUCUCUGAGUUCUAUAUGGGAUUACCCUGUCGAAUUUAUCUUGCAUUACAAGAGUUGUAAAAUCAGACCGAGGUUGCCAUUUUGCUGUGUACUUUUUUAGCCAACUAGCUUAUUGGAAUCAAAAUAAUGGGUAAGAAGGCAUGGCGCCAUCUCUGUCUAUUGUUAAUUAUAACUUAA